AAGAAUUAAAGUUUUACACAAAACCUCUCCAUAAAUAGAACUCAUCUAGGCGUGUGUCCUCCACACUUCAUCAAACAUUCUCUAUCUUCUCAUUUCAACCUACAAAAUAAAAUAAAAACCAAAUCAAAAGAUUUAACUAUGGAGUCCCAUAACGUGAACAACAGCUUGAACAUAGACAUGGAGAAAGAUCAAGAAAAGGCUUUCGAUUACUCCAAACGAGCUCAAUGGCUACGAGCUGCCGUGCUUGGUGCCAACGACGGUCUUGUCACGACGGCUUCGCUUAUGAUGGGUGUCGGUGCGAUUAAGCCAGACGUCAAAACCAUGGUUCUAACCGGUUUCGCGGGUUUAGUUGCCGGAGCUUGUAGCAUGGCGAUCGGAGAGUUUGUCUCGGUUUACUCUCAGUACGACAUAGAGGUGGCUCAGAUGAAGAGAGAUAACGGAGGAGUGAUAGACAAAGAGAAGCUUCCGAGUCCUAUAAAAGCGGCUACUGCGUCUUCGUUAGCGUUUUCUAUAGGAGCGAUUGUGCCUUUAUUGGCGGCUGCGUUUGUGAAAACGUAUAAAGUGAGGAUUGGAGUGAUUGUGGCGGCGGUGACGUUGGCUUUGGUUAUGUUUGGGUGGCUAGGAGCGGUUUUGGGGAAAGCACCGGUGGUUAAGUCGUCGGCUAGGGUUCUGAUUGGAGGAUGGUUAGCUAUGGCGGUUACGUAUGGCUUGACCAAACUGGUUGGAUCACAUGGUAUGUCAUAAUUUGUGUGUGUUUUACAUACGUGACCCAACACUCCUUCGUGUUUCAUGGAACACAAUUUAAGCGGUUACGUUUUUUUUUGUUUGCUUUGUCGUAUAAGAAACUUUGGAAUAUAUAUCUCAUAUGAAAAGAAACUUUGGAAUGUAUUGAUUCUUGACUUGGUUUUUAGAUUUAUGUAAGCAAAUAUGUGAUAUAAACCUGUCAAAUGGCGUGUGA